AUGUUUAUAGAGACGAACCUUCAUGAUUUGUGGAUCUCCGAGAUCAAAUUGGGAGGGGUUAGGUAUGUUAUUUUCUUUUCUCACACAGUCACAGCACAACAAGCUCUUCACUUUCUUCUCCUGGUCGUUGCCAUUGUUCAAGGUCAACGUUCAUCUACUACCCUCGCCGUUCUUCCGUCUCACGUCACCAUUCGUACAUCGCCUUACUCCAUCUUCUCACGGUUCAUCACUGCUGUUGCUGUCCUUCAUUUCUCCAUUCAUCCAUCUCAGUUGUAG